GCCAACUUAAUCAAAACCUUCAAAAGACCCUUGACAAUUGUGAUGAAAUAACUAAAACCCUCUUUUUUGACAGAUCCUUUAAUUUUUUUUCGGUUUUUUGUGUCUUGCGACGCGUCGAAAUCUUUUUUUUUUUGAGCGUGUCGCGCGUUUGAAAAAAAAAAAUCUGUCCCAAAAGGGAAAUUUCGUGUUUAAUGAGAUGCGUCUCGAGAAUUGAAACUUAUUUAAAACCAGAUUGGAAUCCCAUAUACAAACAAGACAUACACAAUGUGAUUCAUUCCAACCAAAUCAUAGAAUUAUAGAGAUGUCUGAAGAACAAGUAUCCACACCAAGAAGAAUCUUAAAGAUGCUGAGCAGCACUUUAACUCCAAGUUCAAUAACUCCAAGAUCUAGAAAGAGAACUCAAUCAGUUAAACCAAUUGGUAAUGCCAUUCCAAUCUUCAAUUCAAGAUCUGAUGUUAAGUCAAUCAAGAAUCCAUUCACACAAUCUGCUAGUCCUAUAAAGAAAGAAUCACCAAUACCUAAAUCAACUUCUGAAAAAAAAGUUAAAAUGCUGGAAAAGACUUUGGAGUCUAUAACACCAACAACUACACCAACUAAACCAUCAAAUAUCACCACCAUUUCACAAUUAUCACCAAAAAAAUUGGAUUUCAAAGAACUAGUAAUGGGUGACUCCGCACAAAGAUCAUUAGUUACACCUCCAGUGACGCCAAUCAAACCUGAUUCAGAGAUCAAGAUUGAUCAAGUUCAA